AUGUCGGACUUCGACAGCAACCCCUUCGCCGACCCGGACCUCAACAACCCCUUCAAGGAUCCUUCUGUUACGCAAGUGACAAGAAAUGUUCCUCCAGGGCUAGAUGAGUACAAUCCUUUCUCUGAUUCAAGAACACCUCCUCCAGGAAAUGUGAAAAUACCUAAUGUACCCAGUACCCAGCCAGCAAUAAUGAAACCAACAGAAGAAUCACCUGCUUACACACAAAUUGCAAAGGAGCAUGCCUUGGCCCAGGCAGAACUGCUAAAGCGUCAAGAAGAACUGGAAAGAAAAGCAGCUGAACUAGAUCGCAGAGAAAGGGAAAUGCAGAAUCUCAAUCAGCAGGGGGGUAGAAAAAAUAACUGGCCGCCUCUUCCUGAGAAUUUUCCAGUAGGUCCUUGUUUCUACCAGGACUUUUCUGUAGACAUUCCUGUAGAAUUCCAGAAGACAGUAAAGAUUAUGUACUAUUUGUGGAUGUUCCAUACAGUGACACUGUUUCUUAAUAUCUUUGGAUGUUUGGCCUGGUUUUACGUUGAUGCUACGCGAGGGGUUGAUUUUGGAUUGAGUAUUCUCUGGUUCUUGCUUUUUACCCCUUGUUCUUUUGUCUGCUGGUACAGACCACUUUAUGGAGCUUUCAGGAGUGACAGUUCAUUCAGGUUCUUUGUGUUCUUCUUUGUAUAUAUCUGUCAGUUUGCUGUACAUGUACUUCAAGCUGCAGGAUUUCAAAGAUGGGGAAACUGUGGGUGGAUUUCAUCUCUUACUGGUCUUAAUAAGAGUAUUCCCGUUGGCAUUAUGAUGAUAAUCAUAGCUGCACUUUUCACAGCAUCUGCUGUUAUCUCAUUAGUUAUGUUUAAAAAGGUGCAUGGUCUCUACCGCACGACUGGUGCUAGUUUUGAGAAGGCGCAGCAGGAGUUUGCAACAGGAGUGAUGUCCAACAAAACUGUACAAACCGCUGCAGCCAACGCCGCAUCAACAGCAGCAACCAGUGCAGCUCAAAAUGCCUUCAAGGGUAACCGAAUGUAGGGGGACAUAAAAAGUCGUCACGGUUCUCUUCCAUUGUACUUUAUUUUCCAGUCACUUAUUAUAUUCCCUAAAAGCCUAGAUCAAAAUUCACACAGCAUGUUUGUCUCUUCUGCAGCUGUG